AUGGACCAGCGGCUCCUCCUCCUCGUUCUGGUGCUCACCACGGCAGCCUCCGCCUGCGUCUCCACGCUCACGGAGGCAAGCCCGCCGCCGGUGGAGGCCUUCGUCACCUUCGUCGUGUGGACUCUGGCGUCGACGGCGCUCGCGGAUGGUGCACAUAACAACGUCAGGGUAGGGACCGCCACCGCUUGCGCCGUGUGGUCAGAGGUCAGUGGUUCCCGUUUGCCCUCGACCAAUAAAUAA